CCAAGUCUGGACACCUACCAACCCUCCUCACUCACUUGCCCACCAGAAUACCAAACCCAUCUACCUACGACAAUGACAUCCCCCGACCUCGACCUCGACCCAAUCCAAGGACAGAGCCAGGGCCAGGGCCAGCAACAACAAAUCCCAAACCCGCAACGCCUCCUCAUCCUCUCCCCAACCUCGCAUUCCCACUCGACUAUCCCUCCCCUCCUACACUCCCUCACCGGCGUCCCUGUCACCAAUCCACCUACUGCUACCUCAUCCUCAUCCUCAACCGAAGCGCAACCCACCUUCGCAGGGUACACCACGCACCCACCCCUCCGCCUCUCGACAAAAUACUACAAAACCGACCUCCCGAUCUGGGUUGAUGAGAUCCCGCUUGAGAAUGAGGCUACACCAACACCUACAUCUGGACAAACCCAAGAAGGCCUCGCAUCACCCACACAAUGGAAGACGGAAUUCUCCGGCGCCGAAGCCCGCGUCGUGCGUGAUGCGCUGGGGGGUAUUAUGAUUGUAGUCCGGAAUCCGGAGUCUACGACAAACACGAACGAAGAAGAAAAAGAUAUCGCACACCGCGACGACGUGGCCGGAAUCAAAGACCUAGUCAAAGCAAUCGGGGACGUGAAGGAGUUAAUCGAAGAAGAGCGAGGCGGGAUGGGUGAGGUAGCCAGUCUACUUGUUCUCGUGGGGCGGGAUGAUGCCUCUGAAGACAAGAAUAAGAAGGGUAUUACAGAGGAGGAAGAGGAGGGGCUGGGUCUAGACGAAGGCGGCGAGGAACCGUUCUCUGUGGCCUGGUGGGAAGAUCAGUUAUAUGAGAUUGGGGUGAUGGGGUUUGAGGUUGUGCGCUGGGAUCCUAAGGGUGUAGAGGAUGAGAGGCGGAAUCGGUAUGGGGAAUACCAAGGAAUGCGGCGCAUCAAAGAAGUGCUAGAAACGCACGACUGGACGGCCUCGGAAGACCCCGACGUGGGGAAUCUAGACGAUGAUCUGGAGAGACAUCUUCUCGGGCUGGAUGAUGAUGAUACCGGGUUUGGGCUUGAGGUGAACGAGCUCGAGCGGGAGAUGGUCGGGCUGAGAAUGGCGAUUGAGAGGGGUGGUGGGGAUGGGGGUAGUUCUGAUGAAGAUGAAGAUGAAGAUGAUGGAGAUGAUGAGAUUAAAGUCGAGUCAAUGGAGGCGUUGAUGUUACGGAUGCAGGCUAUUAAAGAUAUGAGUGCGGAAUUACCAGAAAAUGAGCGCAAGAAAUUCGCCGCCAAAGCAAUUGGGGAUAUUAUGAAAGAGAUGUAACUGAUAUACACCAUAUAUUAAGUAUGAAUUAAUAUCCACAUUAUUGUAAUUAUACACCCACGUUCGUCC